CUAUCCAGCCAUGGUUCUCACUAAUUUGAGCAAGAUGACUGGACUUCAGAAAAAGACGGCCUGCAUCAGGAAUAUAUGUAUACUAGCUCACGUAGACCACGGCAAGACAACUUUAGCUGAUUGUCUGAUUUCUAGCAAUGGAAUAAUCUCCAGUAGACUGGCAGGAAAGCUGAGAUAUUUGGACAGCAGAGAAGACGAGCAGAUUCGAGGAAUUACAAUGAAAUCCAGUGCAAUUACCUUGCUGUUUGGGAAAGAUGAUCAGGAGUAUCUUAUCAACCUAAUAGAUUCCCCUGGCCACGUGGAUUUUUCCUCUGAAGUGUCUACGGCUGUCAGACUUUGCGAUGGUUGCAUUGUUGUGGUUGAUGCUGUGGAAGGAGUCUGUCCACAGACACAUGCAGUUUUGCGACAGGCCUGGCUAGAAAACAUUCGUCCGGUCUUAGUGAUUAAUAAAAUAGAUCGGCUCAUAAUGGAGCUCAAGUUCACGCCCCAGGAAGCCUAUUCUCAUCUGAAGAACAUCCUGGAACAGGUGAAUGCCAUCACUGCGACUCUCUUCACUUCAAAAGUGCUUGAAGAAAGGGCUGAGAAAGACACGGAAACUCAGCUGACGUCUGAUUCUGCUCACAGAGACCAAGUGUACGACUGGAGUGCGGGUUUGGAAUGCACCGACGAUUCGCACCUUUACUUUUCGCCAGAUCAGGGAAACGUGGUAUUUGCCAGUGCGAUUGACGGCUGGGGCUUUGGCAUCGAACAUUUUGCAAAGCUGUAUAGCCAGAAGAUUGGAAUCAAGCCAUCAGUACUGCUGAAGACGUUGUGGGGAGACUAUUACCUGAACGUGAAAGCCAAGAAGAUUAUGAAAAGUGACCAGUCGAAAGGGAAGAAGCCUUUGUUUGUGCAGCUGGUUCUGGACAACAUAUGGAGCCUCUACGAAGCUGUUAUGAAAAGAGAUAAGGAAAAAAUUGAUAAAAUAGUCUCCUCUCUGGGACUGACGAUCGGCGCUCGUGAAUCACGCCACUCAGAUCCGAAAGUUCAGCUUAGUGCCAUUUGUAGUCAAUGGCUGCCGAUAUCCCAGGCUGUUCUCUCGAUGGUCUGUAAUAAACUUCCGAGCCCUCUCGAUAUCACCGUCGAGAGAGUGGAAAAACUGAUGUCUGUCGGGGCGAAAGCGUUUGAUUCUUUGCCACAAGAAACUCAAGAUCUGAAAGACGCGUUUAUGAAAUGCAGCAGUGAAGAAACUGCCCCCGUCAUUGUCUUUGUGUCCAAAAUGUUUGCAGUUGACGCUAAGACAUUGCCACAGAACAAGCCAAGGCCUCUGUCGCAAGAAGAAAUUGCCCAGAGACGUGAACUCGUAAGGCAGCGGCAUGCUGAAAAGUUGGCCGCUACUCAUGGGCAAGGGGUGGCGCAGCCAGGUGCUGGAGAAAACCCGACGGACCAAACUAUGAAGGCAGGAAAGACUAAAGAGGAUGAUCAGCCGCCUGCUACUCAGACGGAGGCCAUGCCUGUGGCGACUGUGAAGCAGGAAGCCGAAAACAAGGAGGCCUUUGUGGCUUUUGCAAGAGUGUUCAGUGGAGUUGUGAAGAAGGGGCAAAAACUCUUCGUUCUUGGGCCAAAAUACGAUCCCACUGAAUCGCUGCACAAGCUGCCUUUAGGGUGUUCUGCUGCCGACGACCUGCCACCGGUGCCUCAUUUGGCUAGCUGCACUUUAGAAGAUCUUUACUUGCUAAUGGGAAGAGAACUGCAGCAGCUGGAGGAGGUGCCUUCGGGAAACGUGUUAGGGAUAGGGGGAUUGCAAGAGUUUGUACUGAAGUCGGCGACGCUGUCCUCAUCACCAGCUUGUCCACCGUUUACACCUCUCAACUUCGAGGCGACGCCGAUCGUGCGAGUUGCCGUGGAGCCGAAACACCCAAGCGAAAUGCCUCAGCUGGUCAAAGGUAUGAAGCUUCUAAACCAGGCUGAUCCCUGCGUACAAGUUUUAAUCCAGGAGACCGGGGAGCACGUGCUGAUAACGGCAGGAGAAGUUCAUCUUCAGCGUUGUUUGGACGACUUGAAAGAGAGGUUUGCCCGGGUACAGAUCAGUGUGUCAGAGCCCAUCAUCCCGUUCAGAGAAACAAUCACGAGGCCCCCCAAAGUCGACAUGGUGAACGAAGAGAUAGGAAGGCAGCAGAAAGUCGCGGUCAUACACCAGAGCAAAGAGGAGCAGAAUAAAAUCCCCGAGGGUGUGCAGGUCGACUCCGACGGGCUCGUGACGAUGUCAACGGCAAACAAAUACGCCACUCUGAGCGUCAGAGCAACGCCGCUUCCCGAGGAGGCGACUCGGCUUCUGGAGGAAAACUGUGACUUAAUCCGGACCCUGGAGCAGUUCACCACUUCUUUAAUCGAGGGUAAAAAAAACCAGGAGAUGAAUCAGAAGACCCUCGACCAGAUCCGAGAGCUGAAGCAAAAACUGGAGCAAAAACUGCAGGGUUGGAAAUGGAGGAACGCCGUCGACUGCAUCUGGUCCUUCGGCCCCCGAAAAUGCGGGCCGAACAUUUUAUUGAACAGAUUCGAAGGCUACGAGAGGUCCGUGUGGCAGUGCUUGGAUAAGGGGGCGAAAGAGGCGAGCCUGUACCGGGACUUCGACAACAGCGUAGUGAGUGGGUUUCAGCUGGCGACGCUUUCCGGGCCGAUGUGCGAGGAGCCGCUGAUGGGCGUCUGCUUUUCGGUGGAGAAAUGGGACAUGAGCAAAUUUGUGGAGCAGAUGUCCACAAACAGGCAGGAUCUGGAGGGAAAGACCGCGGGAGAGAUGUUGGUGGCAGAGGGAGCCGCCCCCAUGUCGACAGGCGAGGAUUCCAAAUCGACUUCAGGAAGUAAAGAAAUCCAAGAGAGCAGCCAGCAACCUUUCAAACUGCCGAGUAAACGUAAAGGGGAGACCCUGCCUGCCGAUUGCUAUGGCCCUUUCUCUGGACAGCUCAUUGCCACCAUGAAGGAUGUGUGCCGUUACGCUAUGCAAGCGAAGCCGCAGAGGCUGAUGGCUGCUAUGUACACCUGUGAGAUUAUGGCCACAGCGGAAGUAUUAGGCCGCGUCUAUGCCGUCCUGUCCAAGCGGGAAGGCCGUGUGUUGCAGGAAGAGAUGAAAGAAGGGACGGACAUGUUUAUCAUCAAGGCGGUGCUGCCCGUGGCGGAGAGCUUCGGUUUCGCUGACGAGAUCAGGAAGCGAACUAGCGGCCUGGCCAGUCCACAGCUGGUGUUCAGCCACUGGGAGAUCAUUUCGGACGAUCCGUUUUGGGUGCCCACCACAGAGGAGGAGUAUUUGCAUUUUGGGGAAAAGGCAGACUCCGAGAACCAGGCUCGCAAGUACAUGAACGCCGUUCGAAAGCGGAAGGGACUUUACGUAGACGAGAAAAUUGUGGAGCAUGCUGAGAAGCAAAGAACUCUCAGCAGAAACAAAUAACUGCCUCCACUUCUGCGUCCCGGCUUUCUCGGUUAAGUGCAGGUGAAUUAUUUUCCAUGCCGG